UUUUUUCUUCUUUUCCACAAGGGAACAAGCUAUCUUAAAUUUUCAUCAAGUCUCUUUCCUUUUUCCUUUGUUCUCCCACCCCCUGCCUUUAUAGUGCUUUCGGCUCAGACCAAUCUUCCACUCCUUCCUUAUCAAACACUCUUUUCUUUUUUAGGCGGAAUCUCUCAUCAUUCCCGUCAUCUUGACAUUCCAUGUCUACCACUACUGACAUUCACGCCGUGAUCCAUGCCCUGCAACAGCAGGCCGAAGAGACGCAAAAUGAUAAUCUCUUGCUUCGAAGCCAGUUGGAGGAAAACAUGGAACAACAACGAGAAUUAGGCAAAGAUAACGAUUAUUUACGGCAAAAAAUAGCGGCCAUUCAACAAGAUAAUGCCAAUUAUUCCAAAACACAGGCACGACUAGAAACGCAACUUUACGCUCAAGAGCAAGAUAUGGCAGCAUUACGCAAAGAAAUACAGCAAUUAACCAAAUCGAAAAAAGAUACCGAGAAAAAGCUAUCCCAUGAGCUUGAAACUUUCGAAAACGAUCGUGUACGAUGGCAACAACGCGAAGCUGAUUUAUAUAACCAACUACGUUCCUUAAGUAGCGGUGAACCGCGCACCCCACGCACGCCAAGACGACGAAGUGUUACCGCCACCACUUUGGGCUCCACCACCAUGAGCCCGUUUACAAGCUCUCCACUGGGUGAUAUCGGCGAAAAUGAAUCUGGCAAGGAUGAGGCUGUAUCGGUGAUCCUCAACAACCCUACUCCCAAAUUGGCACCCAUCGAUUCUUCGUUUGCCAAAGAAGCCAAGAUCGCGCAACGAACUAUCAGGGCGCAGGACAAACUUAUUUUGGAUCUGAAGAACGAGAUUGAAAAACAAAAAAAUGCUAUGCAUGAACACGUUACGGAAGCACAACGACAAUCCUUGCGUUUGGAACAUUUGGAAAUGGAGAUUGCCAACGUAAAGCAGGUUAAUCGUUCUUUGAUGGAGGAUAAUGAAAGUUAUCAAAUCCUGCUUCACGAAAAAACCAUCAGCGGCGAAUUCAUGACCAAUCCCAUCAUGCAGGUGGAGGAGGAUGAAUCCAAACAAGGCGUGAUGAAGCCUUCCAAUAGCAGUGGCACCAGUGGCAUGAAUCUUGCUGCUGAACUGGCAUCGGUAGGUGCACCGACGUGGGACCAAGAACAAAAAUUCAGCGAAGCUGCCAAUGUCAUCAACAAAUUAAAUGAAGAAAUCAAGACAUUACAAGAUACCAACCGCGCUUUACAACUGUAUAUGAACAAGAUUUUGAUGAAAAUCAUUAAUAACAAGCAGCUGGAGGACGUGUUGAGCAUCGAUCAACCUAAACCUAAACCCGUGCAACCUGUCACUACUUCUCCCGAAGAUAAUUCGCCACGGAAACAGGCCGCUCCCGGUCCUACACCGACGAGAACCUUAUCGAGUACGCUGAUGGGAAGAUCGACCAACGGACGUACACAACGUCGACGUACGAUUUCAUAUUGGGGGGCCAAACCAUCGCCUGUGAGCAUUCCCAGCAAAGUGGCUCCGACGGCCAACGACGGUUCGUCCACUGCGGAUGAUCGUAACAUUCGUCGUCACAGUUCAAUUGCCGGCACGAAGGAGCCUGAAAGGACCCCAGCCACCAACGGAGGAUGGGCUAAAGCGUUACGCCGUAUGAGUGUGAUUGGAUGGUCAGCGAAAACGGACGAGUCCUCUACGGAAAGUGAAGACACGGAAAAAAGCUCAUCAGAGUCGGUGCGAUCAAAAGAAGCAGGCCUUGUCGCUCCUUCGUCCUCUCGUUCCGGCAGUUCCACCCCUUCGCUUCGUCGCAGCAAUGAAUUAGCCACACUGCAAGAAGAGUAAUAAGCUCCUAUUCCCCACGUCCCCGAGAUCCAAGGCUUUUUGAAUCAAGUAUAAUAUCCCUUUUUUUGUCAUCGCUGUCGAACAGUUUGAUGUGAUUCCAAUUUAUUUUCAAUUAUCCAACUUCCUCAAUUUCUAUCUCUUUGUUUUUUUUUUUUUUUUGGCUUGCCUUUUCCGUUACCCUGAUUUUGUAUUGUUUGAUAGCUGUGCUGUAUUCAAUAAGCAAUAAGCAACAAUGGAGAUCGGAUCUUGUUCAAAUCGCUCAUUUUUCAGGGGCUUAGUUAUUCCAAAGAGAAAAGUUUUUUUUUCUUGAGCAAGACUUUUAUUUUUCCGGAUCCAUUCAAAACUUAUUUUUCUUUGAUAUUGCUUUCCCGUUGGAAGGAUUAG